UCCUCCUGGAGGCCCGCUAAGAUGGCAGCGGGGGAGAAGGUGAAGGUUGUCUCCGGCGAUCGGCGGCCCGGCUAGAGCCGGCAGCGUGCCUUCCAGCAUGGACCUGCACACGGCAGUGUACAAUGCGGCGCACGACGGCAAGCUGCUGUUGCUGCAGAAGCUGCUGGCGGGCCGCGGGCGCGAGGAGCUGGACGAGCUGCUGGGUGAGGUGGCGGGCGGCGGCACCCCGCUGCUCAUCGCAGCGCGCCGCGGACACCUGGACGUGGUAGAGUACCUGGUGGACCACUGCGGCGCCAGCGUAGAGGCGGGCGGCUCCGUGCACUUCGAUGGCGAGACUAUCGAGGGCGCGCCGCCGCUCUGGGCAGCGUCAGCAGCGGGCCACCUGGCCGUGGUGCGUAGCCUGCUGCGCCGAGGCGCCUCGGUCAACCGCACCACGCGCACCAACUCCACGCCGCUGCGCGCCGCCUGUUUCGACGGCCACCUGGACGUGGUGCGCUACCUGGUGGGCGAGCACAAGGCGGACCUGGAGGUAGCCAACCGCCACGGCCACACGUGCCUCAUGAUCUCCUGCUACAAGGGCCACCGCGAGAUCGCGCGCUACCUCUUGGAGCGCGGCGCGCAGGUGAACCGACGCAGCGCCAAGGGCAACACCGCCCUACACGACUGUGCCGAAUCAGGCAGCCUGGAGAUCCUGCAGCUGCUGCUGGGCUGCCAUGCUCGCAUGGAACGCGACGGAUAUGGUAUGACCCCGCUGCUGGCCGCCAGCGUCACCGGACACACCAACAUCGUAGAGUACCUCAUCCAGGAGCAGCCCGGCCACGGACAGCUCUCAGGGCCAGAGCUGCCCGGGGAAGUUUCCUCCCUGGGGCCAGGCAGCCGUUGUGCCACCCCGGAGGAAGCAGAACCUUACGAGAGCUGCUGCCCCACUAGCCGGGAAGCAGCUGUAGAAGCCUUGGAGCUGCUGGGCGCCACCUAUGUGGAUAAGAAAAGGGAUCUGCUUGGAGCGCUGAAGCACUGGAGAAGGGCUAUGGAACUCCGCCACCAGGGUGGGGACUACCUUCCCAAGCCAGAGCCCCAGCAGCUGGUUCUGGCCUAUGACUAUUCCAGGGAGGUGACCACACCCCAAGAGCUGGAGGCCCUCAUCACAGAUCCGGAUGAGAUGCGGAUGCAGGCCCUGCUGAUAAGGGAGAGGAUCCUGGGCCCCUCACAUCCUGACACUUCAUACUACAUACGGUACCGGGGUGCCGUCUAUGCGGACUCCGGAAAUUUCGAGCGCUGCAUCCGUCUGUGGAAGUAUGCCUUGGACAUGCAACAGAACAACCUGGAGCCCCUGAGCCCCAUGACUGCCAGCAGCUUCCUGUCAUUUGCAGAGCUUUUCUCCUACGUGCUGCAGGAUCGCUCGGCCAAGGGCAACCUGGGGAUGCAGCUUGGCUUCGCCGACCUCAUGGGUGUGCUCAGCAAAGGGGUUCGGGAAGUGGAGCGGGCUCUGCAGCUGCCCAAGGAGCCAGGCGACUCGGCACAGUUCACCAAAGCCAUUGCCAUCAUCCUCCACCUGCUGUAUCUGCUGGAGAAAGUGGAGUGCACCCCCAACCAGGAACACCUCAAGCACCAGACAGUCUACCGCCUGCUCAAGUGUGCCCCCCGGGGCAAGAACGGCUUUACCCCACUGCACAUGGCAGUGGACAAGGAGACCACCAACGUGGGCCGCUACCGUGUGGGCGUCUUCCCCUCGCUGCACGUGGUCAAGGUUCUGUUGGACUGCGGAGCUGACCCUGACAGCCGGGAUUUUGACAACAACACCCCACUGCACAUCGCUGCCCAGAACAACUGCCCAGCCAUCAUGGAUGCACUCAUUGAAGCUGGGGCCCACAUGGACGCCACCAAUGCUUUCAAGAAGACUGCCUAUGAGCUGCUGGACUCGAAGCUGCUGGCCAAGAGCACCGUGCAGCCCUUCAAUUAUGUGACGCUGCAGUGCCUGGCUGCCCGCGCCCUGGACAGGAACAAGGUCCCUUAUAAGGGCUUCAUCCCAGAGGAGCUGGAGGCCUUCAUCCAGUUGCACUGAACCAGCCACCAGUGUCCGCUUUGGCCUUCUCCAAGCAGAGGCAUCUCGGGGAGUGAGCCCAGCUGUUGAUUCUAGAAGCCUUAAGGGUCACAUGGGAGGAAGAUGGUCUUUCUCCCUGACGAUGUCUGCCCUGUCACCCAGCCCCAGCCAGCUUGUGCCCCAGGCCUGUGCAGCCAACAUUGUCAGGAAGGGGUCAGAAGUCUGGAAGUGCAGUGAGCAGUCGCUGGCUCCUCCCGCGCUGGGCACCCACCACCUAGGUGUUUGCAGUUGGUUUGUCCCGAAGCAGGUGGGUGGCACCCUGGAGCCCACAAUCUGAGGUCUGGCGCUGUCUUUUUUUCUCUGGUUUCUGUGUGUCGGACUUAGUAAUGACUUAGUUUGAAGUUGCCGGGACUUUGCAGUGGCCACAGUUGAGAGCCGCAUGAGUUGUGAGCGCAGAUCUAUGACAGAGGUCCUGGGAAGCCUCAUUCCUGUGCUGCUUAGAGAGAGGAGGCCUUCCCAAGAAGGCCCAGAGUGAGUGGCAGGAGCAACAGCCAGGCAGACAGCGGUGCCUCCAGGCCCACCCUGUUGGAUGGGCUGACACGGUUUCCAGCUUUGGGUUACAGCUGUGGUGACCUGGCAGAGGCUAUGGCUACCAGCUUCACAUUCGUGCCACACUCAUCCUGUCUCACCUUCCCUGAGGGACUGACCCGGGUCUUCAUGAGGGGUCCCCAGUAUCCCCACUAACUGCUGGGAGUGGGCUUCUCACCAAGACUGGGGAAGGUGGGGAGCUGCCAGCCAGGGCUGUGAUGGACCUAUGUGGUACCAGCGUGGCCCACAUGGGGUCCUGAGUGCAGCCCUAGCACCACAAAAACACCACUGAACAACUGCCUAUGACUCCACCAGCUCUUGUCCCUGUCACUCGAAAUGAGUGAUUCACCCUGGAUCGUGCCGAGGUGGGAGGUGAGCAUCCUGGCCCGAGGGAACCAGCUGCGAGGGAAAGAAGCCAAGUGUAGAGGGGCCAGUUGUACUCGGCCUGAAACCACAUCAGUGUGUGAUUGCAGUGUUAGGUAGGUUGUUCUUCAUCCAAAACAAGCUUUAGCCUUACUGGGCGGGGCCUUGGGGCCACGCUGCCAAAGCUCAGGGCAAACAUGAGUUUGGCACUGUGAGUCUUGGCACUGAUGUUUAUGGAUUAAAAUGCAGGUAUGUGAAGAAA